UUCUUGCUAAAAAAAAGCAGACAAAUGCAGGCUCUUAAAUGGCAAAAGCAUCUUAAACCUCUCCUCUUAGCCUGCAAAGACAAAAAAUCCGUAGCUAAAAUUCACGCUUUCGUGAUUCUAACUGGCGUUUACAUACAUAAAACCUCCGUUGGCAAUCUUAUCGCAUCUUAUGUACGAGUUGGUGAUAUCUUGUCCGCUCGUAAAGUGUUUGAUAAAUUGUCUACCAGAGGUGUAGAUGCAUGGAAUGCAAUGAUCGUUGCCUAUUCUCGUAAUAGUUUUCCAAAACAAGUUCUGGGUUUUUAUCAUCAGAUGAUUCUUGAAGGCAUCAGGCCUGACAGCUCCACUUUUACCGUGGCUAUUAAGGCGUGUGUUAGUUUGAUGGACUUGGAAAUGGGGGAGGAGAUUUGGCGUAAAGCGGUAGAUUUUGGAUAUCAGAAUGAUGUGUUUGUAGCGUCUUCUGUUUUAAAUUUGUAUGUGAAGUGUGGAAAAAUGGAUGACGCAAUGAUGGUGUUUAACAAGAUGCCAAGAAGGGAUCUUGUCUGUUGGACUACUCUGGUAACAGGGUUUGCGCAGAGUGGAUGGGCUAGUGAGGCGAUUGAUUUGUAUAGAAAGAUGCAAAUGGAAGGGGUGGAAGGAGAUAGUGUUGUGAUGUUGGGGUUGAUUCAGGCUUCUGUAAAUCUUGGGGACUCAAAGUUGGGACUUACAAUUCAUGGAUAUAUGAUUAGGAAAGGUCUUUCGAUGGAUGUUGUGGUUCAGACUAGCCUUCUCGAUAUGUAUGCUAAGAAUGGAUAUUUGGAAUAUGCUUCGCGUGUCUUGAAGAAGAUGCCAAGUAUGAAUAAUAUUUCUUGGGGUGCAUUGAUUUCUGGCUUUGCUCAAAAUGGUUUUGCUAGAAAUGCAUUGGAGUUAUUGGUAGAGAUGCAGGGUUAUGGAUUUAAACCAGACUUGGUGUCCCUUGUGGGUGGUCUUCUGGCAUGUUCACAAGGUGGGUUGUUGAAAUUGGGUAAAUCCAUACAUGGAUAUAUCACUAGAAGGCUUGAUUUGGAUCAAGUUUCUGGCACUGCUGUGAUUGACAUGUAUGCAAAAUGUGGAGUGCUUUCUUAUGCCCGUGCACUCUUUGAUCGGAUAGAUUCUAGAGAUAGAAUCUCUUGGAAUGCAAUGAUUGCCGGCUAUGGAGUACAUGGGCAUGGAAAGGAAGCUCUAUCACUCUUCCUCCAGAUGACAAACAUGAGCAUAAAACCAGAUCAUGCAACUUUUGCUGCACUUCUCUCAGCUCUCGGCCACUCGGGACUGGUUGAAGAAGGUCAAUACUGGUUUAAUCUCAUGGUUAAUGUAUAUAAUAUCCAACCAACUGAGAAGCAUUAUGCUUGUAUGGUUGAUCUUUUAGCUCGUGCAGGACUUGUAGAAGAAGCUUAUAAACUAAUAGAUUCUAUGGACAAUGAACCUGGGGCAGCUGUUUGGGUUGCUCUCCUAUCUGGCUGCUGUAAUCAUGGGAAGUCGUCUAUUGGGGAGAUGGCAGCAAAGAAGGUACUUGAGUUAAAUCCAGAUGACUUGGGAAUUCAUGCAUUGGUCUCAAACUUCUUUGCCAUGGGAAACAUGUGGGAUGAAGUAGCUGCUGUAAGGAAACUCAUGAAAGAAACAGGAUUGAAGAAAGUACCUGGUUACAGUGUACUGGAUGUGAAUGGACAGCUCCAUGCUUUCCUUAUGGCAGAUAAAAGCCACAAUAAAUAUGAAGCUAUAGCAUCUGCAUUGGAUAAAUUGGACCAUGAGAUGAGAUUGCAUGAUCAAAAUGAAGGGCUUCCUGUUGCUUUUGGCCUCUAAAACUCGGUUAGGAUCCUUACUGCUGAUCAUGAGAAACCUUAAGAUGGGAGAGAAUGACCAUUUUAACCAAGUUUUAGUGCAAGGACUGUGGGAAGAGGAUCGUUUUGGGAACCAUGAAGCAGGCUCUUCACUCCCAAGUCCCAACUGUAAAAACAGCCUAUACCUGGCAGCUUCUAUGAUACAGUGAAGAACACCAGCUUGUCAUAAAUUCUGUAAUUCCUAUUCUUCCAUAUGGUUGUUGGAAGAUGUUGAGGUACUAAUAGCACGGUUGUUGGAAAAUGUUGAGGCUAGAACAAUCCCGUCAAUGUGCCACACUAACAAGGAUUGUGUUGGCAAAUGCUAUCCUAGUUGUGAUACUGGUACGUGCAAUUUUGUUCAAUGUGUUUGUGGA